UGGGAGAAGGGAACAGCGGCGAUGUGGAGGGGAAGGAGGGUUUGAGGGUAUCGGUUAGAGUGAAAAGACAUCGAGAGCUCAGUGGGCAGGGCCUCCUCCAACAGAGAACAACUACAGAGGGUCGUCUCUUCUUCGAACACAUCAGUACACAAUGGCGGACAAGGAGAAGAAGAAGAAGAAGAAGACAAAAGAUGAGGCACCAGCUGCAGAAGCUGCACCUGCCCCUGCUGCUGCCCCAGCCCCUGCCCCCUCAGCUGAGCCCAACAGGCAGAGCUCUCGAGGCUCCAGGAAGGCCAAGCGUACAGGAAGCAAUGUGUUCUCUAUGUUCUCCCAGAGACAGGUUGCUGAGUUUAAGGAGGCCUUCCAGCUCAUGGACCAAGAUAAGGAUGGCAUCAUUAGCAAAAAUGACCUCCGAGCAACUUUCGACCAGCUAGGCCGUCUUGCCUCAGACAAAGAGCUUGAUGAGAUGGUCACUGAAGCUCCUGGACCAAUUAACUUCACACAGCUGCUCACCUUGUUCGCCGGAAGAAUGUCUGGAGGAUCUGAUGAUGAUGACGUUGUCAUUGCUGCUUUCAAGUCAUUUGAUGAUGACGGCAAGAUCGACAGUGAAAAACUGAGGCAUGCCUUGAUGACCUGGGGUGACAAGUUCUCUGGUAAUGAAGUGGAUGACGCCUAUGACAACUUUGAAAUUGAUGACAAGGGCUUCAUCAACACAGCGAAACUCAUCCAGCUGCUCACAGCUGCUGCAGAGGAGGAAGAAGAAGGCGAGGCUGCUUAAAUCACCACCCAGUCUAUGGAGAAAUCAUCGCAUUUCAUCAAUACACAUUGUGCUACAGAAAAUACACACUUGGAUUCAUCCCAACAGCAAAAUCUGAGGAAUAAAAACAUGAUUGUUCUUGGAACAGUGAAAUAAACUGAUUAUUUUGAAGAGGGUUAUUUACCAGACAAGGAAACUAUUCCACUUUUCUAAGGGGGUCAGUUCAAUGGGUCCACAAUUCAUAAAUUGUUGGUUAACAUCUUGAAUGUUCAUCACAUCAUCCACAAAGUAUAUUCUUAAACUGAAGCAUAGAAAAUUUUCAGAAAUAAAGCAAGUGUAAAAAUCAUGGCCCUCACUCUUUUAUGUCACAUUUAAGGACUUUCUUGUUUAUACUGUCAGGACAACACAGUGUACAAAAAUCUGUCUUUAUCCAUAAAAUGGUUUUAUUCUAUUUACAUAAGACUUUAUAAAAGAAAGCCCCAUGUUGAUCACUUGAACAACUCACCAUUUUUACAUUUACAUAAAACAAAAUCUCACAUUCUUAUCUGUAGAACAGUCAUUAAUCUCAUCAAACUUUCUUUUAUUCUACUUACUUUUUCAUACAUUUACUUGAUAAUAUAUCAUAGUUAUAAUUCAUACUUUCUUCCUUCCUUUCAUUACUUUCUAUGCCUUUUUCUUAUGAAUUCUUCUUUCUCACUUUCUUAAUCCUUUGUAUCCUAUUUUAUUUUCUACUUAUCAUCUGUCUGCUGUUUUACUUGUGCUCAAUACACUGAUUUAUGGAAAAUUAAGAAUCAUGAUAACAUUCAAUAAAGAAGCUAUGUAAAUAA